AUGGAGCACGAGUACAUGAACAGCCACAAGUUGUCAAUCUGCGCGAAUUGCUUAGCCCUAGGAUUCGACAAGCCAUUGAAGAGGUGUGCUGGGUGCGGCAUGGUGGACUACUGUGGCAAGGACUGUCAGAAAGCCCAUUGGAAGAAACAUAAACCUUUCUGUAAUCUUACACAGGGCAAGGGAUCAAAAUCCGCAUACCUAGAUGCGCAGGAUCCGGAGUUGGCUCAGCGGAUUCUCAUCGACGCGUACCGGUUACGCACUGCCGUUGACCACGAUGAUGGAGACUGUGACCACGGAAUCUGGUACGUUGAUGGAGGCGAACGGUUCCCCAAAGGCGCUGUCUGGGCGGAGGGCGAUGUCUAUGCGGACUUUCAGCAGUGGCUAGACCUGGCAGAGCAAAGUGGAGUUCUGUCUGACUGGUGGCGGUUCGAGGAGAGAAUGGAGACGAUGGCUUUGGCGGUAGACAAGGACGCGGAAGAGAGUGUCUGGAAGCCGAUUGACCAAAGUGACCUGUUCAAGCGUUAUGAGGCUGACAUGUCCGUGAGGACCGCGAUGCUGGUCCUGGCUGAGUUGGUCGUUGGAUACGAGGGAAAGGGUCCGGCAAUGAGUGAUAAGUGGUACAUCGAGUUUUCUGAGAACUUGGACCUUCACCCGGAGGAGAGAGCCAGGUUGAUCUCAAAGAGCGUACAGGAGGUCAAAAAAGCAUUCGAGGAGCAAGGUCUGGGUGAUGAUAGCGGUGGAAAGUAG